AUGAAACUCCCUCUCCUUUCCUUGUUGGUUUUUGCAUCCUGUUGUCACUCUCUACCAAGAAUUCCAGGCAAUAGUUGGGAUGUAAAACGGGCGGCAUGCGAAAACACGCCUACAUCGCGACACUGCUGGGGAAAAUAUGAUGUCGACACGAAUUAUUAUACUACGAUACCGGAUACGGGGAAAACUGUUGAAGUUUGGCUGUCGGUUGAAGAGGGAUUGUGCAAUCAAGAUGGAUAUCGACGGCCAUGCAUGACCUUCAAUGGCACCAUGCCAGGGCCUGCCAUCGUUGCGGACUGGGGAGAUGACCUCGUUAUCCACGUUACCAAUAAUUUGAAGAGCAAUGGCACUGCUAUCCAUUGGCAUGGUGUUCGUCAACUCAACAGCGUCGAACAAGACGGAGUCCCAGGUGUUACUCAGUGCCCAAUCAUCCCAGGUGAAAGCUACACAUACAAGUUCAAGGUUACCCAAUACGGAUCGAGUUGGUACCACAGUCACUUCUCUCUCCAAUACACGGAAGGUCUUUUCGGUCCUCUCAUAUUCAAUGGGCCCGCAACGGAGAACUAUGACAAAGACAUGGGCGUUCUGUUCCUCCAAGAUUGGGCUCAUACAACCACUUUCAGGGACUGGAACGCGAAGGAGAAGUAUGGUAUCACCAAGUCAUUGAACAAUCUUUUAUUAAACGGUACCAAUACUUUCGAUUGCACUGGUUCUCGAGACCCCAACUGCGUUGGCGGGGGCAAGAAGUUCGAAAUGGUUUUUGAACCUGGCAAGAAGUACCUCAUCCGCCUAGCCAAUGUGGCGAUGGAUAGUCUAUUCCAAUUCAACAUUGAUGGGCACAAGUUCAAAGUGAUUGCCGUUGACUUUGUACCAAUUAUACCGUACGAGACGGAUAACGUUCUGGUCAACGUCGGCGAAAGAUACGAUAUCGUCGUCGAGGCAAACGCUACUCCAGGGGACUACUGGAUGCGUGGUGGCUGGCUGAGGGCUUGCCAGGGCGUUGCAAACGAUAACCCAGGUUCCAUCACCGGUAUCGUACGGUAUAACUCUAGAAGUACUAAAGUACCGACUACCACCAGCACAAUUCAGCCGCCAAAGCUAUGCAGCGACGAACCGGCCGAAAAGCUGGUACCUCGCGUGAAGUUUGAUGUCGGAACAAUUACCGGGACAACUGUCGAGGGAAUAAAUGUCCGCUUGACACAUGCAGCACUAUUUCAGUGGACUAUCAAUGGGAGUAGCUUGGCUCUGGACUGGAACAAACCCACCUUGCAAUAUGUCUUUAAGAACUCAUCGGCCAUCCCCACCCCUUACAAUGUGGUUCCUGUGGAGAGGAAGAGCUCCACUGGUGAUGAAUGGGCAGUGUUGGUAAUUCAGAACACUGCUGCAGCGCUCUUUGCGAAUAUUGCCCAUCCCAUUCAUCUCCAUGGACAUGACUUCUGGAUUCUUGCUCAGGAGACGGGUAAACUAUGGGACGGAAACAUGGAUUCGUUCAAGCUCAAUGGCGUACCGCGAAGGGAUACUGCUUUGCUUCCCGCUAGGGGAUACCUUGCAAUCGCGUUCCGACUCGAUAACCCGGGUGCAUGGCUCAUCCAUUGUCAUAUUGCAUGGCACAGUAGCCAGGGGUUAGCACUAGAGUUUGUUGAGAGCCCACACUCUAUAUCAGUCAGCAACGCGGCCAGGACAGUAUUCGAUAAUACUUGUGCUUCCUGGGGAAAGUGGUAUCCAGGCUCACCCUGGCCACAGGAUGAUUCUGGUAUCUAG